UUGAAUUGAACUAACGGUCAUAACGGGCAACACGAAGAGGAACGAGAACAAUAACGUAUGCAUUUAUUGAUUCACUCUCUUUUCCCUCUUCAAAUAUCCAAUAUCAGACAGACCGUAGUUGAAUAAAACUACUAUGGCUAAAAACAAAAAGCGAAGAAGUUACUAUCGAGAUAGAACAAUCUGUGGUCUGGCCUGUUUUGCAAUUGCGUAUGUAGUAGCUGGUGCUUUGAUGGCCACCCUUGGAAUUAGAAUCGUGUUGGAGUAUCCGUUGUUCAAAACUGGCUCCGUGAUUUGGGGUGGAAUUCUGGUGUUUGCUACAGGGGUCUACAUCCUGGCCCUCUGUAACUGCAUGGAAUAUUUAAACAAAUUAAAGGUAGCUGUGAUCUUGGCGAUGCAAAUACUAGUGUGUGCAGUUUGCAUCGCGAAUGUCUCGAUUCUCAAGUGUGUUGAGUGGAAGUAUUUCAACGGUGCUUUUCAGAAUAAAAACGAAAUUCUAGCGGACAAAAACAAUGUCAUAUAUAUUGCCUAUUUGUUGACAUUAGUCGGAACAGUGAUUGGCCUGGUUUCAUCGAUUUUCGGCAUCAUAUACACUAUUAUAAUAACACAUCGCAUUCGCUCAAGACUUCAGCAUUACUUAGCCGAUAUCAAGCGUAUUCACCAAUCAUCUGAAAGAAAGAAGAGCCCCAAUUAUGAUGAUGUUGCGGGAGAAUUGAUGACAAGACAAAGUGCCGGAAGAAGCUUAAAUGUUAGUCCAUGCAGUUGGGUUUUCCACGACGGCUGCAAUGAGCAACCACUGAAGACCGAAAUAGUUUCUGAGGUAACAGCAAUUCCGUUGGACUUGUCUACCAGUUGCUGUGAUGAGACCGUGCUCGUAUCACUUGAUUCUAUGGAAAACAAAUACACGGACAGGCGAAUAGUUCGUCAAAAACCUGUUGAGAAACACCAGACUAAUGAACCGUUCAUUAGCCAUACACAGAUAGCUAUUCAAGAUUAUUUGACCCACGAGGAAAAGACCAUGAUACCACCAAAUCCUAUGCUGAGGUACGACCAAGUUCUUCCACAUCCUUCUUCCGGACCCUCGAGUCUGAUUUCCAUUGUGUCCACUCCAACAUUACCGAGAAUAGAGAGUGUGACUACGGAGUCGAUCGUGGAAGAAACUGGCCUAAAUAAUACGGAUUGGGCAGCUGCUGGUGACUAUACUUGGCCAUCGCCACCAUCAUAUUUAAAGUCUCCUACCUGGUUACCGCCACCACCACUACCAUGCGAAAUGCCUGUGUUAUACACAGUUCCUAUUGCUUUUAAUGAUGACGUAAUUCCAGCUCCUCCAAAUUUUCAAGACAACGCCAAAUUUCCACAUCCAUGCCAAGAUGAACCAAUCUGUCUUCAGAAUGACGACUUAAUCCUGCCGAAUUGUCUGGUACCCGAAGUCGUCAUUUCCAACCGAACAGAACCGUUGUCACAUAGUCAUACGAUUCUAGCUCCGGCUGUUGUCGACGAGAAUGAUAAUUCUAUCGUUUCAACAAGUAGGCCUAAAUAUUCUACUGAUCAGCCGCACCCUCGAAGUCAAACAAACAAGAAGCUGAAUACAUUUAAGAAAACAAAAGAAACCUUCCAGGCGAAACAUUCACAGAUACUUGACUUUAAAAGUCCUACUCUACCUCAACUUAGUCGCCAGGGAAGCAUGUGUAACCUUAUGGGUGACCCAUCGCCCCUAUUCGAUAUGACUUAUACACGACUGUAGAAAUUAAAAAAAAUAUUUGUUGCACGGAAAAAAAAUAAUUGUUAAGUUGAAAAAAAUUCUUUAAAAAGUUGAGCUAGCACCAGAAAAUAGUUAAUUGAAACAAAUUAUAUGGAUAAAAAAAUAUUUAUAAUAAUAAAAAUAUAUUUAUUUCAAGUUAAGGAUUAAUAUUAUUUUUACAGAAUUUGAGAUCGUUUUUAUAUUAGGCCUAUUUGUUUGAAUAGGUGCAAUCCAUUACAUAACAAUUCAUUAUGCAAUACACUAACAAUAUCAAAUUGUAUUAUGUUAGACCACUAGUAAUUAUAUUUGUAAUUUUCAUGAUCAAAAUAUUAUUGAAUGUUCAUACACAUUAAUAUCAUCAUUACACGAUACACUAUUGUAACUGCAUUAAUGCAUGCUUGUUUCUUUUGUUCUAAUUCCAUUUGCCACUAGGCACAUUUCCAAUAAUCCAUUUCUAAGAAUAUCAUGGUAUACUUAAUCAACUUAUUCACAAACGUUGAUGAGUUUGAAUAUCAUAAGUAAGAUUAAAUCAAUAAAUGCAUAAUAUA